AUGGUGACCUCCUCGUUGAAAAGGAAGCAGGCCCCGGGCUACUCAUACGUCGAGCCUGAGAUUGUUCGAGACAUACUAUCAUUGCUUCCGGUGAAAGCACUGAAGCGGUUUCAGUGUGUAAGCAAGCCAUGGCAAGCCAUGAUUCGCAGUAUGAACUUAAACAGACACAGACUCCUGUGCGCCCGGAACCCCAAGCUUCUCCUCUCCAUUGAUUAUGAAGCCCUGAGUAAGGAAGGUGGUGCUGCCAUUAAGCAGGUCUCUUCUCCAGACGUGGCUGAGCCGAACAGUAGUAAUAUCAGUAUCUUGGGUUCCUGCUGUGGUCUGGUUCUUCUCGAGGUAGACGAGCAGGACGACAUUUAUGUGCUAUGGAAUCCGUCUACUAGAGAGACAAUGGUUUUUCCCAGACCUGCACCUCCCAAGAACAAGCCUCUACUAAGUCUUCAUGGCGUCGGUUAUGACCCUUCAGCUGGUGACUACAAAGUAGUAUAUGGAUACAGUGAUCGACCGAAGACUGUGACUGAGGUCUUUGCAGUGAAGACGCACACAUGGAGGACUUACAUGGACCUCGAGAGUGUAGAUGUAUCUGGUCAGGGUUGCUACUUAAAUGGAGCAAUUCACUGGAUAAAACUCGGGUUCAUGAGUUCGACUAUCGUUUCUUUUAACUUAAAAGAGAACACAUUCGAGCGAACAUUGUCUCUACCAGACAAUGUACCGAGCUCGGUGGGUAUCGGCGUUACCAAGAACCGUCUGUUUAUAUAUUCCGGAACCGAUAUUUCCAGUCUUAGGAUCUGGGUUAUGAAUGAAUUUGGGGUCAGAGAAUCAUGGACUAGAGUGCUGCGUAUUCCUAAAAAGGUUCUACGCCGAAACUUUGAUCCUGAUGAGCAUGGUUUGAAGCCACUAUGUAUUUUGGAGACCGGUGAAGUGUUGUUUGCUCAUGAUGAUAUUUGCCUACUCUUAUAUGAUCCGAAAGGAAGGGUGUUUCAGACAAUUGUUUCAGAGGACAUAGAUCAGAAUAUCAUUGAAACUGUCUUUUAUGAGGAGUCCCUAGAGUCACUGCCGGCAGCAGAAGUGGUGGACAUGGAGGAGUGA